AUGAAGGCUUCUCUUCUGGUCCUGCUCGUCGUAGCCCUGUGCACAGAGAGGGCUUCUUCUUUGACCUGCUUCACGUGCAAAGAUGCAACUUCCAACAUACACUGCCUCAGCACCACUACAUGCUCUGACCACGAGAAAUACUGUCUCACCACCUAUUCCACCACGGGAUUCGGCGACGAGCGCAACCAACGUAUCAACAAGAAAUGUUCUGCCUACUGCCCAACAAUUGACCUGAACAUUGGCGUAGCGGGCGUGGCCACCAGCUGCUGUGAGACCUCCUUGUGCAACAUCAGUGGUGCCAGCAGCGUGAAAACCAGCUACACCGUGAUAGCUCUGGGUGCCUUGGCCAGUCUGGCUUGCAUCCUCAGGAUGGGCUACUAA